CAGAGUGAGUUCAGCUCUGUAAUGUUCUAAAGGCUGCAGUGGGAGAAGAUACUCUACUGAAAUGGAGAUGGAGUGUCUGUGUUGGUGGUCAGUGAUGUUUUUCUUGUAGAUCUGCUGUAAAUGAACACAGAUGAAGAUGGACUUGGACUUUCUCACUGAAGACGUCUAGACUAACCUCAGAAAAGAGAGCAGCAUCUCCAGCGUCCGGCUGUGUGUGGAGAGUAAAACCUCAGUGAUGGAGCUUCAUCACUCCAGCAGUGGAGGAAGAACCUCUGACUCAAAAGUGAAGCGUGCAGGACCUCCAGAACCCAGCUGUGUGUCUGAGAAGAGGUACCGGUCCAUGGAGAACCCUCCUGAUUUCAGCAGAGGAGGAGGAGAACCCAGCUGUGUGUCUAUGAAGAGUGACCAGUCCAUGGAGAACCCUCCUGAUUUCAGCAGAGGAGGAGGAGAACCCAGCUGUGUGUCUAUGAAGAGUGACCAGUCCAUGGAGAACCCUCCUGAUUUCAGCAGAGGAGGAGAACCCAGCUGUGUGUCUAUGAAGAGUGACCAGUCCAUGGAGAACCCUCCUGAUUUCAGCAAAGGAGGAGAACCCAGCUGUGUGUCUAUGAAGAGUGACCAGUCCAUGGAGAACCCUCCUGUAUUCAGCAGAGGAGGAGGAGAACCCAGCUGUGUGUCUGUGAAGAGUGACCGGUCCAUGGAGAACCCUCCUGUAUUCAGCAGAGAAGGAGGAGAAUCCAGCUGUGUGUCUAUGAAGAGUGACCGGUCCAUGAUGUUUCCAGCACAGUCCAGUGGAGGGAGAGGAUCCUCUGACUCAGGGCAGCACUCCACACAAACACCACUGCAGAUAAACACUCUGGCAGAUAUUCACCAGCCAGUGGAUGAUGUUCUACACAGAGUCUUAGAGAGACACAAAACCAGCAUGAAGAACAAGUACGAGAGCUUAUUUGAGGGAAUCAGAACAGAAGAGAAUAAAACCCUCCUGAACAGGAUUUACACACAGCUCUACAUCAUAGAGGGAGAGAGUGAAGGAGUGAAUGAAGAACAUGAGGUUCUACAGAUGGAGAAAACAUCCAGGAGACGCUUACAAGACUCUCCAAUCAACUGCUUAGACAUCUUUAAACCUCUACAAGGUCCUGAAGGAGAAACACGAGAAGAGAUCAUUAGAGCUGUGAAGGCUGACAGACUCAGACACAGAGAAAGAGAAGAUCACAGACCAGAAGAGCCAGAGCUCAGAGCUGUUCUGACUAAAGGCAUCGCUGGAAUUGGAAAAACUGUCUCUGUGCAGAAGUUCAUUCUGGACUGGGCUGAAGGAAAAGCCAAUCAGGAUGUAGAGCUCAUGUUUGUGCUUCCGUUCCGGGAGCUGAACCUGAUUAAAGAUGAUCAAUACAGUCUUCAUGGACUUCUGUGUGACUUCCAUCCUGAGCUCAAAGAUCUGGACCCAGAGAUUUAUGAUCAGAUCAAAGCUGUGUUUAUAUUUGAUGGUCUGGAUGAAAGCAGAAUUCCACUGAACUUUGAACAGUGUGAGGAAGUAUCUUACAUCACCAUGACAUCAUCAGUGGGUGUGUUGAUGACGAACCUCAUCAAAGGAGAGCUGCUUCCCUCUUCUCUGAUCUGGAUCACCUCCCGACCAGCAGCAGCCAAUCAGAUCCCUCCUAAAUACAUCAAGUGUGUGACAGAGAUUCAGGGAUUCAGUGACCCACAGAAGGAGGAGUACUUCAGGAAGAGGAUCAGUGAUGAAGACCAAGCCCAGAGAAUCAUCUCCCACAUUAAGACAGUGAGGAGCCUCCACAUCAUGUGCCACAUUCCAGUCUUCUGCUGGAUCUCAGCCUCUGUUCUUCAGCACAUCAUGAAACAGCCUCAUACAGAAAUCCCUAAAACUCUGACUGAAAUGUACUCACACUUCCUGAUCACUCAGACCAACAUGAAGAACGAGAAAUAUGAGGAGGAAGACGAGAGAGACCCAAAGAACCUGCUGGAGUCCAACAGAACCGUUCUUCUGAAACUGGCUGAACUGGCUUUCAAACAGCUGAUGAAGGGCAAUGUGAUGUUCUAUGAAGAGGACCUGAGAGAGAACAGCAUUGAUGUCACUGAGGCCUCAGUGUAUUCUGGGAUUUUCACUGAGAUCUUUAGGGAGGAAUGUGUGCUUCACCAGAGGAAGGUCUACUGCUUUGUUCAUCUGAGCUUUCAGGAGUUCCUGGCUGCUGUUUAUGUGAUUCACUGCUAUGAGAGCAAAAACAUGAAGACACUGCAGAUAUUUAAACCACUAAACAGAGAGAGGUCUGAGGAUGUUCCUCUGGAUGAGCUGCUGAUGGGAGCAGUGGAUAAAGCUAUAGAGAGUCAGAAUGGAUACCUGGAUCUUUUCCUCCGUUUCCUGCUGGGCGUCUCACUGGAGUCCAAUCAGAGACUCCUACAGGGUCUACUGACCCCAACACAGAGGAGCUUAUGGAGAACCAGAGAGCACAUAAAGAGUUUAAUCAAAGGAGAAAAUAAACAACCUCCCAUCUCCACUGAGAGAUCCAUCAAUCUGUUCCUCUGUCUGUCUGAAAUGAAUGACCAGUCUCUCUCCAGAGAGAUUCAGGAGUAUCUAAACUCAGAGAGACACUCAGAGGAGAAACUCUCUCCUGGACAGUGUUCAGCACUAGCCUAUGUGCUCCUGACCUCAGAGGAGGUUCUGGAUGAGCUGGACCUGAAGAAAUACAACACAUCAGAGGAGGGUUAUAGGAGACUGAUCCCAGCUCUGACUGUCUGCAGGAAAGCUCGACUAGCUGGGUGUAGUCUCACCACAAAUUCCAGUGAGAAUCUAUCAUCAGCUCUACAAUCUGUAAACUCGUCUCUGAAAGAGCUAGACCUGAGUAACAUUGACCUUCAGGAUUCAGGAGUGGAGCUGCUCUCUGCUGGACUGAAGCACUCGCACUGUAAACUGGAGACACUCAGACUAGCAGGGUGUGGUCUCACCACAAAUUCCGGUGAGAAUCUAUCAUCAGCUCUACAAUCUGUAAACUCGUCUCUGAAAGAGCUAGACCUGAGUAACAAUGACCUUCAGGAUUCAGGAGUGAAGCUGCUCUCUGCUGGACUGAAAAGCUCACACUGUAAACUGGAGAUACUCAGAUUGUCUGGCUGUAUGGUUACAGAUGAAAGCUGUUCUUCUCUGGCUUCAGCUCUGAAAUCAAACCCCUCCCACCUGAGAGACCUGGAUCUGACCUAUAAUCACCCAGGAGAGUCUGGAGUGAAGCUGCUGUCUGAUCUACUGGAGGAUCCACACUGUAAACUGGAGAAACUACAGGUGGAUCAUGGAGGGAAGAUCAGGAUGAAACCAGGACUGAAGAAAUAUGCUGUUCAUCUCACUCUGGAUCCAAACACAGUGAACAGUCGUCUCUCUCUGUCUGAGAGGAACAGAAAGGUGGAGGAUGUGGGAGAACUUCAGCCGUAUCCAGAUCAUCCAGACAGAUUUGAUUACUGUCCUCAGGUUCUGAGUGUGGAGAGUCUGACUGGACGCUGUUACUGGGAGGUUCAGUGGAGCGGAGAGGUUUAUAUAUCAGUAUCAUACAGAGGAAUCAGGAGGAAAGGACUCAGUGAUGACUCUGGGUUUGGAUACAAUAAACACUCCUGGAGUCUGAACUGCUCUAAUAACAGAUACUCUGUCUAUCACAAUAAACAGAGAACUGAUCUACCUGCCCCCUCCUCCCCCUCUAAGAGAGUAGGAGUGUAUCUGGACUGGGGGUCCGGCACUCUGUCCUUCUACACCAUCUCCCCUAACACACACACACUGACCCACCUACACACACUCACCACCACAUUCACUGAACCACUCUACGCUGGAUUCUGGGUUUAUGACUCAGUGGAUCUGUGUGACACAGAAUAACCUCUACAGAGGACCAGCCUGUAAUACACACAAUCAGACCAAACCACAUCAUAACACUCCAAAAACAGAACUACAUCACCCAUUGGAACACAGACACACACAGACACACACACAGAGCACAAUGCAGUGCUCUCUGGCCCUAAAACGUCAGUACACUGUAGCGGGGAACCUGAACACAGUGACUGACACUAAACACAGAACCACGCUGACAAAGUACAGACUCAGUGACCACAGCCUGGCCGUGCAGACCGGCCACUAUAAGGACACGGUACAGACUCAGUGGCCACAGCCUGGCCGUGCAGACCGGCCACUAU